CUAAGGCAGAGAUAGGUGCAGAUGAGGAUGUUGGAGUAGGAAGAGAUGUUCUAGUGAGAGAUCCUAGGGAUGCUUGCAUUGAUACAUACAUUUUGCUUCAGAUCAAGGAGGAUCAAAAGUGGAAUAUGAGAGAGCUCUAUAGGCAUGGCCUUAUCUUGACAGAUUUCACAUUCCUUAUGAUUCACCUGGUCCGCUUCCUAGAGUUGGUAGGAAAAUUCAUGUUCUUGUGCCUAGUUUUUAAUAAUAUUGCCCUCGCUUCCACUAUCAUAAUGCAAGUAUUGAAUAACGAAUUCUAA